UCACCAACACCCCAACCUACCACAGAUAGGAAGGAAGAAAAGCGCAAACGUAUGUUGGAUGGUGGUGCAGUUAAUGCAUGAGGUGUGAUAAUGGCCAGGUCAACCUCUAUCUAUAACAAUAUAUAUACACUGUCCCUCUCCCUACAAUCGAUACACCUUCAUCAAACAACCACACCCAAGAAGAGAAGGCAUGGUUUUCCCAAUGGUCUUGCUCAAGCUAGCUGAUUGGGCCUGGUACCAGCUCUUGGCACACUCAUUUUACAGGGCUGCUAGGAAGAUUGGGACCUAUGGGUCUCUCUUUAACAACAACAACCAAUGUGGUAGAUCACACCAAGGGUCCACGUAUCCUAGUGUAAGUAAGUGUCCCUUAGAGUGUAAUGGUACCAAGACCUUGGUUUGUGACAUCCAUGGUACUUUGCUCAGAACCCCAUCUUUCUUUCCUUAUUUCAUGUUGGUUGCAUUUGAAGGGGGUAGCAUUUUUAGGGCCUUGGUGUUGCUUCUAUCAUGCCCACUGUUGUGGGUUUUGGACCAUGAACUUGGGUUGAGAGUCAUGGUCUUUGUGACUUUUUGUGGGCUUAGGUUGAGAGACAUGGAGAGUGUUGGAAGGGCUGUUUUGCCGAAGUUCUUCCUUGAGAACAUGAACCUUCAUGCAUAUGAGGUGUUAGCUUCCACGGGGAGGAGGGUUGUUUUUACUAGUAUCCCAAGGGUCAUGGUUGAAGGGUUUUUGAAGGAGUAUUUGAGUGUGGAUGUAGUUGAGGGGACUGAGCUGCAUGUGUUUGGGGACUACUACACUGGUUUUUUCACUGAUGAGGGUGUGCUUGUCAAGCACAAGGCUGUCAAGGAGGUCUUUGGAGAGAGCAAGCCUGAUAUUGGCCUCGGUGGGUCUGGUCUCAAUGACAAUCUCUUCAUGUCCCUAUGCAAGGAAGCCUAUGUAGUGAGCAAUGAAGACAGAAAGACCAGUGCAAGCUCAGUGAUGCCAAGACACAAGUAUCCAAAGCCCUUGGUAUUCCAUGAUGGUAGGCUAGCUUUCCUCCCCACACCAAUGGCCACCCUAUCAAUGUUCCUAUGGCUCCCAGCAGGAAUAAUCCUAGCCAUCUAUAGAUUGCUUGUGGGCAUCUUCCUCCCAUACAAGAUAGUCAUCUUGCUAGGAUCAUGGAUUGGGGUCCAUAUAAGAAUCAAGGGGUGCACCCCAUCAAGAUCAGCCACCAACAAAACUGGGGUCCUCUAUGUGUGCACCCACAGGACACUGCUGGAUCCAGUCUUCCUAAGUACAGCACUAGGGAAGCCUAUGACUGCAGUCACAUACAGCUUAAGCAAGAUGUCUGAGUUCAUUGCUCCCAUUAAAACAGUCAGGCUUACAAGGGAUAGAAAGCAAGAUGGUGUGACCAUGCAAAGACUACUGAGUGAAGGAGACUUGGUGGUCUGCCCUGAGGGCACUACAUGUAGGGAGCCAUAUCUACUCAGGUUUAGCUCCUUGUUUGCUGAGUUGGCUGAUGAGAUUGUGCCUGUGGCUAUCAACACUCAUGUGGGCAUGUUCUAUGGUACAACAGCCAGUGGCCUCAAGUGCUUGGACCCCAUCUUCUUCUUGAUGAACCCAUGUCCCACCUAUGUUUUGGAGUUCCUUGGGAAGGUGCCCAGGGAGCUAACGUGCGCCGGAGGGAAGUCUAGCUGUGAGGUGGCUAACCAUAUACAGAGACAACUGGCUGAUGCACUGGGUUUUGAGUGCACCACACUUACUAGGAGAGACAAGUACAUGAUGCUGGCAGGGAAUGAAGGAGUGGUCUGUGAUAUGAGGAAGAAGCCCAACAAUACUUGCUUGAGUGGUCCAAUGUAAGGAAAAAAAAAAAAACCAUUUGUAUUUUUUGCAAUUACAUGGUUUUUUGUUGCUAUGAUUGGUACCAUCAACCAUGUUGGUUUCAAAGACAUUUAUUAUAUAUAUAUAUAACUUGGUCAUUUUAUCUGUUUUUUUA